UAGGGUUAAAAUAGUGGUGGGGAGGUGAUUUGCAAUAUAAGACAUACUGAGAUGAGUAUACUUCCAGUUCUGUAAUGAAUUUUAGCAAAAUGUCCAUAAUGUUGCCAGCAAUCUUGUUCAUUCUUUUGGUUGCUGUUCAAGCUUUUCCUGGGCAGGAUUACCGUUACUACCACCCGGGAACUAUUAUGUUGGGUGGUUACUACGGCCUUCCACCAAUGAGAUAUCCUGAAUAUGCCCCAGAAGAAUUUGAUCGAGUACCAGCAGCCUCAGAAGACUUUGAACGAGAAGUUGUAACCGAAAAGGUAUACCUUAUAGUAGAGGAUGACAAUGAGUUUAAAGAGCAGUCCACAGAAUCACCCCAAUUAUCUAACGAAGUUCCAAGAUCUAAGGAAGCACCAAAACCGAAAAAACCGACAGUCACAAAACCAAGAAGAAAGAACGUACCAGAAGAAGAAGAAGAUAAUUCAAUACCUUCUAACUUUCCCUUUGGGUCUGGAGGUUCCAGUUUUUACAACACCUUUUUUCCGAUUAUGCUUGGUGGUAAUUCCAGAGGAAGAGGCAAAGCUGGACAAGAUGACGAGUUAGAUGGUCCUGGGAGUGCUACAGCUAUUGCUAAUAGUUUCAGUACCGGACGUGGAGGUGUCGCUAGUAGCCACGCAACCUCCUUCGGUGAUGUUUUUUUGAGUUCGGCCCUCAGUGAUAUGUUGAGGAAAAAUAAGCGUAUGUAAGAGUUAAUUUAGUGCAGAAUGAAAUUUCAUUGUAAUCCUUAUUGUGAUAGUCCCUAAAUUUCACCUGUUGGUGAGAUAUUGGAAGAAGAACUUCAAUCUAUAUACCCAUUUAAACUUCAUUGUAUUUUAAUGAAUGUGAAUAAUAAUUCACAAUUAGUACAGGCUCAUUGAAAGGAUAUUCAACAAAUUCCCGUUUCUACCGUUGUCACCCCUCAGGGUGGUUGGCACAUAUCGGUAUCCAACGAUAAAACAUCCAAGCUCCAAUUUCAGAGCUUUGUACAGGAAGUCAAAGUAAUGAACAUUCAGUCGUAAAAACUCUAGGGCUCUAUGCCCAAGACUUCGAUCAUAAAAAUCAGUUUUUAUUCGAAGGGACCACUAGCGGUACGUUUAAAAAUGGUUCCUAACCUAAAAUUAGGAACCAUUUUUAAACGUACCGCUAGUGGUCCCUUCGAAUAAAAACUGAUUUUUAUGAUCGAAGUCUUGGGCAUAGAGCCCUAGAGUUUUUACGACUGAAUUUUUAUUACUUUGACUUCCUGUACAAAUCUCUGAAAUUGGAGCUUGGAUGUUUUAUCGUUGGAUACCGAAAUGUGCCAACCACCCUGGGGUGUUUAUCUUAAGCCAGGAUAAAGGAAUUAGUGCCUAAUAAACGUGAGGGGUGACAACGACUUCGUUUGCGUUCACUCUAUUGAGAUAGAAACGGGAAUUUGUUGAAUAUCCUUUCAAUGAGCCUGUACUAAUUGUGAAUUAUUGUUCACAUUCAUUACAGUAUUUUAUACGAAUAUAUAUAUUUAUACAUUCUAUAAUAAAUUAUGUAUCCUA